AUGCAUGGAAACAGUAACAAAAAUAUCCCAGCAGCAAGAGGCAGAAUUGCUAGAAUUAGAUGUUUACAAGACUGCAUAGAUAGCUUGAGAAAACGACAGCCAUUUCCUGACUGUUUGUGUUAUAUACCAUCAGAACUAGAAUAUACAACUUCAUGUAAAACCACCUGGAAACUGCUAGAUGCACCAAAUAAAACAGCCAAAGUCGUGAAGGAGAUAGCAGCAACAACAAAUAGUACACUCAUAGUUAGUGGAGAGGAUUUAUGCAAUGGAGAUGGCAAAUGGUUGCGGGUUUUAAAGGUAGUUAUCAUUUCAUCUCUGCCCUGAUUUUUUAAUUAUUUUCUAAAAAUUGUAUGCUAAAAUCUGGGGAUCUCACAAGGAAGUAUAUUUUAUUAAUUUUUUCCCUGCCGAAUAGAGCUAUCAUUGUGUUUACACUUCAGACACUUAAUAGCAUUAGUUUUCAAUUAAUUUGUUAUUGAAUUAAAAAUUCAUAUGUUGGGUUUCUAUAUUUGCUAAGAUUUAUCUACUUUUAAUCAUAUUAUAUUUUGUGUACUAAAUCUAAUUUUAAAUGUUAUUCAUCUUCUCUAGAGAAUAAAAUAUCCCUUUUCCAGUUCAAAUAAUACGUUUUGUAACUUUUUGUUAUUCAGACCAAAAUCACAGCAAAUGAAGAGUAUGAGAAAGUUCCAGGGGAGUGCCUGUGGUUGUUGCUUUUCUCAAGUCGUAGUUCAACAGAAGAAACACCAUCUGCGGUCCCUGUGCAGGAUCAUUUAAAUUCAAACAGAAGCAAGAGCAAUCUUUUAAAAAAACAGCAACAAAGAAUUAAAAGGUAACUACCAGCAGUACAGCUGAAAUAUUAGAAGUUUAGAAGACAUAAUAAUUUAUAUAUGGAGAGAACACUAAAGUUCAUAUUUUAUUUGAUUGAAAAAUUAUCUUUAAGAUCUCCAUUUAGGCAAUAUCUUGCUACAUUAACAAUAAAAACCACACAAUCUUGCACAUAUUGUAGUGCAGCUGAGUGAAACAUACACAAAAUUGUAAGGCAGGAAAUUAUUUGUCUGAACAGAAAACAUACAGUUUAUUUACUUUUUACAAUUACUAGUAAUUGUGAGAUGGUAGUUAUUUAUCUAGACAAAAACUGCGAAAAAAGAAAAUUAUAUUAAAUUGGCAGAUGAAAAUUUGAGUUUUAAGUUAUCAAAUGUGUAUAUUUUAUUAUGUAAUGAUUAUUGUUUGUUUAAAUGUAAAAGUGUGAAAUACGAGUUGUUAACUGUCAAAUCUUGAUAUUUGCAAACUUACAUAUACUUUUUUUUUUCACAGCUGGGAAGGUAUGAUAGAGGAGACUUAUUCUCCAAUACUUAAAAAACAUAGGGCUUACAUUGUUCCACCUGAUGGAGAGGCUGUUGCCAAGUUAAAUUUUCUAGACAAGAACUGGACACUUGAGCAUGAUGCAGCAUUAGUGCAGCUCAUGUCUAACAAUAUACCUCAGGAGACAGAAAAUCUUGGCUCUCUUAGAGGAUUUGUAGAAGCUAUUGGCGUCUCAUCAUUCUCUGUAAGUAAUACAUUUGACAUUUUUAUAUUAUGAUUUAAAUAUUUCACUAGAAGGUAAAAGUCAUUUAUUUCCAUGAUAAAAAAAUUUCAAUAAUCAUAAUAUUAAUAAAAUUAUACAACAUGAAUGUUGAAAUUUAUUUUGAAAAAUAUUCUAUACUCUUUCGAUGUUCUUGAGUUUGUCAGUUUAUCUAGCUACUGUACUUUGAGAUAUUAAAAUAAAUUUUAUUAAUCCCCUUGUCUCACCAUAGAGAUUAUAAUUUCUCAUACUCAUCAAAUUUUAUUUUAUCCCCAUUCCUACUUUUAUAACAAUUGUUACCAUUUCUUUGUUAUAGUCUGGGGAUGGUGAGAGUGCCAAUCUUACAGAUGAUGACCCUAAUACCUACUGGGAGACAGAUGGCCAACAGGGACAGCACUGGAUAAGGCUUACCAUGAAGAAAGGGACCAUAAUUAAGUAAGUAGCCAAUCCCUAAGAAAGCGAAAGAUAAUAUAAUUUUGUUAAGGACUAUGAAUUAGAAUUAAGGCAUUGAAGCCUUUUUCUUCCACAUCUGUAUGAGUAAUUAAAAUUAUUUUCAGCUCAGGACAUCAAUGUUUUUCAGUUUAGAUUGCAUUUUAAGAUCAUCCAAUUCCCUUUUCUCCAGUCUGCAUUAAAAAAAAACAAAAUAACUGUAAAGAAUAUUCUUUUCUUAUGAAGCCAACUUCUUUGGCCUAGAGAAAAUGUAAUCUUUGAAUGUUUCCAGCUUUUCACAGCUUAAUUUCUUACUCAACAGGUCUUUGUCCCUACUUGUCAGCAUGGCCGAUGACAACUAUUUACCAGAAACAAUUGUAGUAGUUGCAGGAGAAGCUGAUGAUGUUAAAGUUUUAAACAGCAUUAGUAUCAACUGGUGAGAAUUUAUGUUAGAAAUAAUUUAUUACCCUAUAUUAUGUGAGGGAUUAAUCUUUUAAAAUUCUAUAAUUUAGCUUUCAUCUUAAAAAAGUCAUUUUGGUCUGAUAAAUAGUUUUGAGAAUAAAAGACCAUGCAUGUAUUGAUAAAAUUUAUGAAAUUUGUCUCUCAAAAUAACUUUUAAAUGAGGUAAAGUCUAUUAAUUAUUUUAUGAUAUGUACACACCAACAGUGUUAAACGUUUGGUAUUUUAAAAAAAGGAAACCCAUAUUACCUUUUAUGUAUUACCGGUAAUAAAAAAUUAUCAUACAACAACUUUAAAAGGAACUUUUCAACUUCAUUUUAUUUCUACUGACCAGGUCCACCCAGUCAAACACAGAAAUCAAAAUACUUGAAAAUCUUACAGAACAUUAUGCAAUUGUUACUGUUAGGAUAAAAUCUUGUAAAUGUGAGUGCAGUUUUAAUAUUGAUAGAUUGACUUAAACAGAUUUUUUUCAAUAGUGUUGUCAGUUGUUUCUAUUCAUUAAUUUGCUAAAAUGUAAUGACAAGGUAUGCUAAACUUGAAUUCAUAGACAGGAUAAAAGAUUUGGACGUUUUGGCUUAGAGCCUACGUGAAAUAUAAAGUCCUUAUAUUUCAUUUACACAACUUGAAUGCAGUCCAUCAAUUGUUAUCAUUAAUUUGCUCAAGGUUUUUUUUAAAAUAAUUUUUUUUAAAAAUAAUUCAGCCCAUGGCAUAGAUACACGUAUUCGUGGUAUCAAGCUGAACUGUUUGGAAGAGCGAAGUCUUGGAUUUGACCAAGAAUUUUUCUCUGGAGAACGAUUAGUGAGAUAUCCAUUGUUGCAGUCAUUUUCUCCUGCAGUAAAUUAUAGGCGUUCAGUUGUGCUUCAAAGGUUGGUUGUUAUUUUGGUGUUAAUCCUCCAAGAAAAAUAUGAAAUAAAUUGUGUGAAAUUCAGUUUUAUUUGUCAUUCAACUAGUUCUAGAUAAAGCAGAUAGAUUGAAAUAUCUGCCUUAAAAAAUUUAAUUUCUUGUCUCUAAAAAUAAAAUAAAAAGAUUUCCUUUACAUCAAUUAAAUGUUUAUUGAUUCCCUCUCAUAUUUUAGGUUUAUUUGGCUUUUAGACAGUGUUAUACAUUAUUUGAUACCAGCAUGGCAGUCUUCAAUUGAAAGCUGCAACUUUACAGAGGGCAACACUUUAGCAAAUUUAGAGGUGAGGAAACCUUAUAGGGCUGUCUUUGAGGAAUAGGUUCAGCUGGAAUGAGAAGUUCUUGAUGCUCUUUAAAUGGGAGAGAAAUAAAUGUUUAAAAAAAUACAAAUGUAUUCAUAAUUUAUAAAAUGCCAUACAUGACCUUAAAAAUCCAUUCUUACUCUUAGAGACAAUAAAAGUUAUAGCUCAUUCAAAAUUAUAAAAAUAUGAAAAGAAAGUUAAGAAAGACUUUGCAGCAGUGCACUGAUAGAAUUCAAAAUUUUGUAAACAUAGGGAUUUAGUGAACUGACAAUAAGCUGUUUUGAGGACAGUCUUUACAGAAAAUUGUUUUAUACUUCGAUAAAUAAUUAACUGGUCCUGAAAAUAUACCAUUUUAUACAAAAAAUAUUCUUAGAAAAAGUAAAAAGAUAUUACAAAAAAAAUGUGAAAAUUACUCCUAAUAAUGGCUUCUUGAAUUUAAAAAAAAGUGUAUUAGUCAUUGAGAACACAAGGAAAAAAAGGAGAUUGAUCUUAUCAUCAUAAAGUUUAAAUAUAGGAAAAUGACAUUAAAAAAUAUUUAUUUAUUCUUUUAAUAAUUAUAAGUUGUAUUAUUUUUUUUUUUUUUGUCUACUUGUGUAGUGUAUUCGUCAACUUUUGCCUUUAUCUAAGAAAAGAAUGGCUCUUAUUGACACUCUGCUCAAAGGGUCUGCAUCAGAGUAAGUCAUUUCUUUUCUUAACUACCGGUAACCAUAACUUAAGCAGGCUCUAUACAUAUUAAAAAUUAGUAGAUGUCCAGUAGUAACUGACAGUGUAUAAUUUCUUUAAAAAAUUAGGAAAAUCUGCCAUAUGUCAACAUUCUGUUUGGUUUUUGCAAAAUCAUUCAAUAAGUUUGAUUUAUAAACAUAACAUCAGGCCAUAUUUUUUUUUUUUGUUGACUUUGCAGUCCAUCUGAUAGAAAAAUUGUAUACAUCAAUCGCCAUGCAGCAUUUGAACACAGGGCCAACCCAUCUGCAAGUGCUGACUACAGCAAUACAGUUUUUAUGCAACUGUUUGAAGGACUUAAGCCUCGAGAUAAGGCCUCUUCACCACUUACAUACAGGUCAACAGGGAAAUUUUAUACUUAAUACGUCCAAAAAUUAUCAGAUAAAAUGUUGUUUUAUUGUGUUUUUUUUUAAAGACUUGUGGUUAUCAGUUUUGUGCUUUUUAAUGAUUUAUGUCAAUAGUUAUGCUUAAAUUAUUGCAAUUUUUAUAAAAUAAUUUUUAUUGUAGGUGGUCACCUCAAAAUGACCAGUGGUGGGAAUGCAAGUUUAUCUCUGAGGGGAUUAUAGACCAAGGUGGAGGCUUCAGGGACAGCCUCUCAGACAUAGCUGAAGAACUCUGUCCUUCUGACCCAGAUGCACCUAUGGCACUUCCUUUUUUUGUUAGAACUCCAAACCAGGUAAGCUUAACUGAAACAUAAAUUUAAAUUAAACAGACGUAUCAGAAAUAUGAAGGAUAUUUAAAAAUAACACCAUUAUUAAUAUGUAACAAAUGCGUCUGCUUACUAACAAAAAUUUUUUAUGAAAAUUCAAAUGAGAAUUAGAACAAAAGUAAGAUUUCUUUAAAAAUAAAAUUUCUGUCUAGUUUUCAUAAAAUUUGAAGAAAGCUUUUUUUUUUUUCAUUUACUAUGCCAAUGUGAAUCUCUUAUCUUAUUCAAAUACUGAGUUUUUGGUUUGGCUUUUAAAGUAAAAAAAAAAAAUUUUGUUUAAAUGAUUUACAUUUUUUUCUCAAGAACUUUCAAAUGCUUUUAGGUCUAUGUCCUAAUAUAUGAAUGAUUAAAUUUCUUAUUUGUCAGGGAAAUGAAGAUGGUAAUGUGAACCGUGAUUGUUACAUUCCCAACCCAAUGUGCCACAGCCUGGACAAGUUUGAAUGGAUUGGUCAACUGAUGGGGGCUUGUUUCAGAGGAAAAGAAAUACUGGUAAACACAUUACGAGUGGCUGAGGAAAAACUAGAAAUCUAAAGACUAAAUUUAAAUUAAUACUAGUAAAAUUUGAAGAUUCAAAAUUAUUAAGUUUGUUAUUUCUUUUAAAAAUUAAAAUUUUGAAGACUACAGCUGUUUUUGUGCAAUAUCCCAUUGUCAAUCACAUCGCAAGUUGGCUUUCAUUAACUUUCAACUUCUGGUGUUUGAGAUUUUUCCUUUGUGUUUACCUUCUCCUAGGGAAUAGAUUCCUUACUAGGCUAAAUAGUCCACUAAAAUAAGAUUGGUUUAUCAAUUACUGUACAAUUAUAUUAUAAUUGUACAGUAUUUGUAUAUGGAUAUUUAAAUACCCGUACCGGUAUGUUGAUAAAUAAUGUAUUGAAAUAUUUGUGAAGAUUUAGCAAUUCUUUUACAGAUUGUUUCUUUGGCUCCAUAUGUCUGGAAACGUCUUGUGGGUGAGAUCUACACCUGGUCUCAUGAUUUUAUUACAGUUGAUGCAGCAGAGGUGUGUACUAAGAUGAUCAUUUUGGUCUUUAUUAUAUUCAAACAUGUUUUUAUUAAACAAUAGUGGUUUUUAAUAGACCAUUACAGUCUCAUGCAGUUUUUGGUAUUAUAUUUAUAUUCUUGAAUGUUCAGGUAAAAAUCAUUGAUAACCUGGUCAACAUGGAUAGAGAUACUUUUAUGGCAGCAGGCAGAAGCUGGUCCAUGGUGUUGAGUGAUGGCUCACACAUAACUAUCAAAUUGGACGAUGAUGGCAACCCGAAGCCACUGGCUUAUGAAGAUAGGGAAGAGUAUGUUGAAAAGGUCAGAGAGAUCAGGCUUGGAGAAUGUGACAAACAGGUUAGAGGUUAUCACUUUGUGUUAUGUCUUUGUGUUUUAGCCAUCAUUUAACAUUGUAAGGCUCGAAAGGUCAAUUUUAUUUUGAAUACCAAUAGGCAGCAUUUGAGUCCACCUGUAUUGAUUUGUAAUUAUUAUUUUUUAUUUUGAUGCUUAUUGCUGAAUAUAGUGAUUUCCCAAUAUUAAACAUGAAGUUGUCACAGGUUCACAUGUGUUUCCAUUAGGUAUCAAAAAUUGGUCUAAUCUUUAUUUCAUUUGAAAAUUAAAAAUAUUUCUUGGGAAAACCAUUACAAUUUUUUUUAAAUAUGUCACUUAAUUAAUUAUAGUAAUGUAAUUCAUGUAAAGUAUUUAAAAAUUGAAAAAGACGACUCUGUACAUAUAAAUAGCAAAUUUCAAAGGAUCUUUAAAUGAAAAUCAUACUUAUCUUUUGUGUUUAAAAAAAUUAAUUUGGUUUCUAUUAACUGUAUCAAAUAUAUAAAUUCGCUGAUUAUUUGUUUUACUUCUGUUAAAAAAAAUCUUUGAGCAGAUUGUUGUUUUUUUAAAGGUAAAUUUUCAAAUUAACCCCCUCUUAUUUUAGUUAUUUAUUAAUUCACUUUCUUAUGUUAUAGCUAAAGGCUAUGAGAACUGGUCUACUGAAGGUCAUACCUGAAGCAGUCCUUGAACUUUUAACCUGGCAGGAAUUAGAAACAAGGAUUUGUGGAGAGCCAGAUAUCACAGUAGAAGCCCUCAUGAAAAAUAGUGAGCCUCUAAUCUAUUAGUACCCAUAGUAUUUUGGUUAAUGUGUCGUUUGUAACUUUGAUGAGAUGGAUUAACUUAAAACUAGUUCCUGUUGGUCAUUGAAAGUGUUGGCAUAAGUCAUGAAAUUUUGUUUAAUGUGCAUUAUUAAUCCAAUAAACCUCUCCAUUCUAAAUCCCUUUAAUUUUAAGUACCAAUCGUUUUCCUUUUAUUUAACAAUUUAUUUUGUUUUGGCAGCAUUUUACCAUCACAUUGAUGAGGAUGAUUUGAGGGUAAAAUACUUCUGGAGUGCUGUCAAAAAUUUCUCCAAUGAAGAUAGGAGCCGACUUUUGCGUUUUAUAACAGGCAGAAGACGAUUGCCUGUCUCCAUAUUCAUAUCAUCUGGGAAAAUGUAAGUACAUUUUCUCAUUUUUUUUUCUUUAUUGAAUAGGUUUUCUAAUGCCAUAUUAAAAUAAUAAUGUAACUAUUGUAUAAAUUUGUGUUUGCCUUACUUUUGGCGGACCGGUGGACAAGUUUCAAAUUGGCAUGGGGGACUGGUGACAGAUUCAUUUAUUUUAUUGUUAUGUCAUUCUUUUCCUAAUUAGUUACGCCUGAUAAAUCAUUUUGUUCUUUCUGAUGUAUAUUAAUUCAUCAAGUCCUUUGAAAAAUGAAAGAAAUUUUUUAACAAAAAUUAUUGCAACUAAACAUUUUGAUAAGCACAUUUUCAGACAGUUAAUAAUAUUUGUAUCAAAAACUAAUUAGAAAAUUUAGUGAAAUAAAAUGGAAAACCGAAUGUUAAGCAAUUUCUUCCCAACUUAGCUUUUUUAAUUUGAAUUGUUUCCUCUUUGCAGCAGUCCCAAUAACCCACUACCAGAAUCAUCAACAUGUUGCAACACCUUGCAUCUUCCUCUAUACACUGAGUAAGUCGCUCAGUUUGUAUUUAAUUUCUGACAUCUUAAACUAAAUUAACACUCUUUAACUUAAAGUCAUUAUUGCCUCUAAGUGAGUGUAGUUUUUAUUGUAUAUGGCAGUCAAUGGCAGUUGAUUUUUUGCGCUUGAGAAACACUUGUAAUGCAUCGUGUUCAAAAUGUCAUAUGGGUAGUUUAAAAAUUUUUGUCUUGGUAAGAAUAUCUAUUUGCUGAAACUGAAACACUAAAAUUGAAUAACGGUAUGACAAAUGAAAUAACAUUUUAAAAAUUUCUUUUUAUUGGAUAAAGAAAAGAAUCUUAUCCUAUCAGUAUCUUUAAGAAGAAAUUAGGAUGUUCCUGUUUAUUUUUUUCAUUCCUAAUAGAAAGAUACUUUACAAAUUAAUUUGCUUUUUAAUUAUUUAUAUUUUUAGUGAAAAGACAGCAGAAGAAAGACUUCGUUACGCAGCAUAUAAUUGUGUGUCCAUUGACACUGAUGAGUAGGAUACACAAAGUUGUUCAUAGGAUACUACUGAGCAAAUGUUUGGUGCUUAUGAGUUUAUGAAGAUUAUUCAGUAGGAUACCCAUUACCAUUAAUAUUUUAGUUUAAUACACUUAAAAGUUUUACAUAUAUACCGGUAUAUAUAUUUUGCAAAGCAAAUUUAUCAAAAUUUACUAUAGAUUUGGAUAAGGUUGUCAGAAGUUUAAAUUUCUCAUAAAUAGUUGUUUAACUAUGGCACAUUACAAUACUAGGACAAAUAUUUUAAGUUCUUUUAUAAAUAGAACAGUUUCUGAGUAUUUGAUUUUAACAGAUUUCCCAAAAAAUAUUUUAAACAUGAUUAUUUUUGUACCGGUAUUAGUUGCUAUCAAUUUAUAUUAAGUUUAUAAUAUUAAGAUAAAAUUAUGAUUUAUUUAUUGACUUACUAAAGGUGUUUUCUUAUAUAAUUAUAAUACCGGUACAGAAAUAUUUAUUAUUAAUCCAGAUAUUUUGUUGCUUUUAAAUUUAAAGAUCCCAUGAUUACUAUGAAUCAUGAAUAAAAUGUUAUCAUCUAAAACAACUCUUCAAUGCUUUUAAAAUGUUUUAAUUUAACCUGAAAUUAAAUAUUUAUUUCUUGUAAUUUAGAAACUUCAUAUUAACAUUUUAAAUAAAACAUUCUUGAAAAUAAAAUUUUUCUGGCACUCAGAUAUACAAUGCAUAUGCUCAUUAAAAGUUAAUCAGAAAAAUAUAAAUCUUCCUAGAAAAAUAAAUGCUGUUAUCAACUAAUGCUAGUACAACAAAAAUGUUAUACUUUCAUAAUUUUUUAAAUUUAUUUUAAAACAAUUUAAGUUGUAUGUAGAAAUCAAAUAAAAUUUAAAUAUUUUUUUAAAUUAUUUAGACUAGAUCCCAAAUAUCAGAUGUACUUGUUAUUAUUGAUUUUAUUACUCUAAAGAAGCAAGAGAUAUUGGUAUAUUGUAAGUCGUUUUACUUUUCAAAUGAUUGUGGUUGUAAACAAUUGGAUACAAUUUUUUUUUGCUAAGUUACUAAGAGGCAAAAUUGUAUUAUCUGAUGGUUCUAUAAAGACUCAUUGUUAAUAUAUUUCUUUUUUACCAGUGAGGUAUAUGAUUUUAAAGUGCUUUAAUAUUUGCACUGAUUGCAAAUCCAAGAAUGCCCAGCACACAGUGGCCUAGGUAGGGUGGGGCAGCUCCCUGGGUGGCACUAUUUUUCUUUAAAUGGAGGGGCAGCAUUUUGCAGAGGUUCUUUUAGUGGAAGAGGGGGGGCAGCAAAUACCUUGACACACACUGGGUGGCUUUAACCUUAGCUAGGCCACUGCAAGCACAUAAAUUAUAGCUAUGUUUACUUUGUAUAUAAGACAUUCCUCAGGUUUCAUCAACCAUCCCUCGAGUUAAUAUGUUUGUAAUAUUAAACAAUUUGUUAUUGUUACUUUUAACAAAUGCUAUUUAAUAUUUCUCAGAUAGGCUACCGGGAUAAAUAGAUUUGUAUACAUUGGUAUCUGACAAAAAUGUACUGUUUGUUUUUAAAAUCGAACUCCUUAACAAACUGAUAGCCAACGUUUGAAAAUUAGUUUCUUUUGGCCACUCAAACUAUCUUAAUCUGGUUGAAGUUUAUUAUUUUUAUUAUAUUUUGACAUAUUUCACUGUUACUAUUAAAGUUGAAGCUCUUCAUACGUCUUUAAAUUAAUUUGUGUUAAAGAAGAAUCUUUCUAAGGGUGCAUAGGGGUGAUUUUAUUUCAUUGUAUAGCCACAUUUUAAGAUCCAUCAUAGCAUCUUAGUAGAAAAUAUGGAUGCGUGAAGAGGAAUACGCUGGUACUGGUAGACAGAAAUUUGCAUUAAUUACUGUGAACAAGUAUCUUUAUGUUUUUACAAAGGUAAAUGGAGAUUGCCAAAAUAUUGUUUAUUGGUUACUUCAUUCUGAGGUAUGUGAUUAUUAUUUAAAAGCAUUGAAAUAUUGUUUUUUUAAUCCAUUCUUUUUAUCCUUUACAAUAAUAAAUAACAUAUUUCAAACUUAGCUUA